UCCAUUGAGAGAAUCAAAUUUUGAUCCAAGAACGAGAAUUGUUAGAGUAACAGAGAAUGGACACGAAUGUAGUCGAAGAAGAAGCAGUUGCAAUUCGCGGCUAUGAACUUCGCCUCAUUCGUUGCACCCUCAAUUCUGAGCAACCACAACAAGUUUGCGCCUUGCAGAAACGUGAUUCUUUGGAUGAUUCCAUCAAGCACCUCUUGAAUUUGAUUCAGUGUGGCAGUUAUAUUCAAGCACUCACCUCCAAACCCUCCUUUCACCUUGUUUUCCGACUGGCCGCCCUUGACUCACCGCCACUCAGCGAUCCCGAUCACCUCUAUCCUCUGUUGGUUGAUCGCGCCGAGUGCUUCAUCACCGCCGCAGCCAGCGACGCCGUUGAACAGCGACGUAGGGGCAUGCUUGUCACGUGCAUCGCAGUGGCCGCAUUUCUAGGCUUCACUCAAGCCAAUUUCACCGGACCCUUGAAAGGCGCAGAGCUACCGAGAUGUCCUCUGCGUUUGGAUGGUGAUGACGAAGAACGAGACAAUUGGGCGCGGAAUGAACUUAUAUCUGCUGGUUCUGACUUGGUUGGGAAGUUCUCCAAUCUUCAGUAUAUAGUUUUUGCGAAGAUGUUGCUUAUUCGUGUGAAGGAUUUAGGCGUUGAGAUGAAAAGCCUUUGGUGGUGGCUUGCGCGGGUUUUGGUUGUUCAACAGAGGGUUUUGAAUGAGCGGUGUUCCUCCUUGUCUGAUCUCUUGCAUUUGUAUAUGGGUGAAGCUUUGCAGACGUUUGGUUGUCGCGAACAAGUUGAGAGUUAUUGGCAGGAUGACUUACACGAUGGAGAGAGCUCAGACAUCGUCUCUGUGAUUCAUUUGGAGGCUGGAAUUAUUGAAUAUGUUUAUGGACGGGUUGACUCUUGCAGGAUGCAUUUUAAAUCAGCUGAGAUGGCAGCUGGGCUUCAGCUUUCACUCACUGGUGUACUUGGUUUCCGUACUGAACACCAGGUGGAACCAAAGGCACAGAUGGUACUCGUUACCAACACAGGUUCAUCAAAUAAUGUGGAUGAAAACUGUCCCUUAACGAAUACCGGUAUCCAAACAUGUGAUUCCAACAAAGGUGAAGAUGAUUGGAAUUUGAAUCAGCAUGAAGCCUCUGAAGCAUCUCCCGUACUUAGAAUACCCAAGUUGUUAGAAAACAACGAUGAAAAUGGUGGCCAUGUUACUGCUACUUUGACAGCAACUCAACAAGCUGUAAUUCUGGCAUUUUGCAUUUUGAUCGAGAUCAAGAUCUCCCCACACCGUGAUGAGUUGCAACUAUGGGAAAUGGCACCUUACAUUGAAGCAAUUGAUUCCCAGAACUUCUUUUACUUUACUAUCAGGUGUUUAUCGGAUUUUUUGCGUAUUCGAUGGGAGUCAUCUGAUAGCCGUCCCCGAACUCAGCAGCGUGCCUUGCUGAUGAUGGAUAACUUGGUUAAACAUAUUUACGAGCCUUCUCCAGCAAUAGCUGAUAGAAUUGCUUUUAGUUAUGCUGUUUAUAUGCCUAGUAUUCCUGAAUUGAAGAAGAAAUAUGGGUCACUUUUGAAAGAAUGCCAUUUGAUAGGGGAGGCAGCGAAGGAGUUUGAAGAAUUAGAAUUAUGGUAUAAUCUAAUAGAGUGUUACAGUUCCAUGGGGAAGAAAGCAGAAGCUGUUGAACUCAUCAAGAAGAGACUUUUGGAAACACCAAAUGACCCCAGCUUAUGGUGUUCCCUGGGUGACAUUACAGAGAAUGAUGCAUGCUUCGAGAAAGCUCUGGAAGUUUCAAACAAUAGAUCUUAUACAGCAAAGCGUUCUAUGGCUAAAAGUGCAUACAAAAGAGGAGACUAUUACACGUCUAUAAUUUUGUGGGAUUCUGCAAUUGCAAUGAACUCAAUGGACUCUGAAGGUUGGUUUGGACUUGGGAAAGCUGCAUUGAAGGCUCCAGAGACAGGAAAGGCUCUGGAUGCGUUUACUCGCGUAAUUCAACUUGACCCUGAAAAUGAGAAUGCUUGGAAUAACAUUGCAUGCUUGCAAACGAUGAAAAAAAGGGGCAAGGAGGCCUUCAUCACACUGAAAGAAGCCUUGAAAUUCAAACAAAACAGCUUGCAUUUGUGGGAGAGAUAUAGCCUUGUUGCUGUCGAAAUUGGCAAUAUCAGUCAGGCUCUGGAAGGUGUGCAGACGAUGUUGGACAUCAGCAAUAAUAAAAAAGUAGAUAGUGAGUUAUUGGAAAGAAUCACAGGGGAGGUGGAAAAGCGGGUUUUAGCAUCUGUUGGCGGAAGAUCACGUGAAACUGAACAAUUAUUGGUUUUACUCGGCAAAGUUUUACAACAGAUAGUUAAAUAUGGGAGUGGAUUUGAAUCUGAUAUCUGGGGCUUAUAUGCCAAAUGGCACAAAAUGAAUGGAGAUCUCAUGAUGAGCUCGGAGGCCCUCUUAAAGCAAGUUAGAUCACUCCAGGGAAGUGAUACGUGGAAGGACCAAGAUCGGUUCAAAAAAUUUGCAAAAUCGUCUUUGGAUCUUUGCCAGGUAUACAUGGACAUGUUUUCAUCUUCUUCUGGUAGUAGUAAACAACUGUCUACAGCUGAGCUGCACUUGAAGAAUGUCAUCAGACAGGCUCAGAGCUGCUUCUCCGAUACACAAGAGUUCAGGGAUCUUCAAGCUUGCUAUGAUGAAGUGAAAAUCAAACUCCAAUCCAACUCCAUCAAUGCCUAGUUAACAGCAUGUUGUUUUCUCUGUUAUUAGGAGCAACUAAACUUUUUUUAUUUUUAAUUAUAUUUUAAAGGAUUUAAUUCAUCAUAACCAUUCAUCGAAACUUCAACUUUAUUACA